GACAAAUCUGACAUCUUCGUAUGUAUAAUAUUUAACAGUAUUAAAUAAUAGUAACAAUCCAAUAGUUUAACUCUAGUGGCGGCGUGUGGGUCGGUUGAUUCAGAAUCCAAAUCGCGGCAACGAUGGGGCGGGGGUGGUGGUGGAAAGUGGCGUUGUUGGCGGUGGCAGUGGCGGUGUGGAGAGGUUGGCAAGGCGGUGGAUGGGACAGGGAGGAGUCUUUCAGGUUGGUGAGAGAAUGGUCGGAGAAGUUAGGGAUUUGGGCAAUCCCUCUGUACGUGUCGGUCCACACGAUUUCCAUCGCCCUCUGUUUGCCCUCUGCAAUCUUCUUCGAAACCGCCGCUCCUCUUCUCUUCGGCUUUUUCCCUUCCGUCUUAUGCGUCUUCUCCGCCAAAAUCCUCGCCGCCUCACUCUCCUUCUCCAUCGGCAGGUUGGUAUUCAGGAGUUCAAGCUCAGCAAUGGACUGGGCCAAAAGAAACAGAUAUUUUCACAUGAUCUCUAGAGGAGUUGAGCGAGAUGGUUGGAAAUUUGUUCUUCUUGCUCGCUUCUCACCCGUGCCCUCUUACGUUAUUAACUAUACCUUAGCGGCUACUGAAGUUCGGUUUCUGUUGGAUUUUCUUCUUCCUACCUCCAUUGGAUGUCUUCCCAUGAUCUUGCAGAAUACAUCUAUCGGAAGCCUUGCCGGUGCUGCUGUUGCUACAGCCUCUGGCUCAAAGAAAUCUCAAAUUUGGUCCUACUUUUUUCCUGUAGUUGGUAUUUUGUCUAGUGUACUUAUUUCUCUUAGAAUUAAAAAGUAUUCAACCCAAGUUUCAGUAGCUGAAGAAAACCCGCCCACCAAAAAAAACACCAAUGAUUAGUGACCUACCUUAUCUGAUUAAUAAGAGUCGGAGUGCCUUAAAAAAGGUCAAGGAUCAUAAUUUAUUUACUAUCAUUAACAUUAUACACACACACACACUAUAAAUGUAUUUGUUGUGACUUGAUCAUCGUUUAGUAUUUGGUAGUUGUAAUUCACAGUUCAGUUAUGCAGACUUUGGUUGGAGAGAUUUUAUUUAAAUUCUUUCUCUAGAUACAGUAGUUGAACGUGCACAAUAAUUCUUAGCAGAAUCGUUCACGAAGUGAGCUGGGGUAUUAGGUAGUAAGUCUGGGUGAUUGAGGGUCCCAUGUGAACCUUUUCCGUACUAAAAACUCAGUAACGAUCCAGUGGUACAAUUACGUACCUUUGAGUGAAUGAAUGGGAAGAAUAUGUUAUGAUAUGAUGUUAUCUGUACGCGUUGAGCAUUAUAAAAUGUUUGAAUUCUAUCAAAAAGUGUCACAAACAAGGGUAGCUUCAUUUGAGGCCAGAAUAGAGAUUUACUACAAAAAAAAAAGACCGAUGCAUUUGUCUGCAAUUAUUAAGAGGUAUUGAGUUGUUAAAGAAGUUAUCAAGGAUACAAUGGUAUUUAUUCAUUUGAAAAGGUAUAAACACUGAACAGCAGUAUUUAAAAUAAUAAGAGAUGGAGUGAAUUGUACGCGAGCAGCGGCAGCAGCAGGAGGCAAGAAAAUAAUCUUGGAUAUUAAUGAGGGCGAUAAUGAUUCCUGCAAAAGUGCUGUUGCAUAGCGUAAAUGCGCGUAACAGGUGGCUGCACUGGCAUUUAAGGGGAACCACCCGUCCCAUCGGUCAUUAUCAUGGGACUUAAUCAAGCUUCAAAUGUGAAAGUGCAGGCAUCAAAGUUUCAGAAUUAUACGAUGCCGACAACAUAAAAGGACCGGAUCUCAUCCUCCUAGGAAAACUCCUCUUGAAGCUGUAAUAUGCAAGAUCGAAGAGACAAGCAAGUGUACUCACGCACAAAACACACCUCUUCGGACGAAAGACACAUCGCGCUUUCUUUCAGCACAACUUGUUUCGUGUCUGGUUCCACUGUCUGACACAAAUUGGAUUCAUCUCUACAAGUUACUUCUCUGUAACUUUUGGAUUUCACACAAAAAUAAUGAGGAUAUUUAUGCACA